AACUGCGUAGCCUAGCCUACUACAGCUCGGGGGCGGAGUUGUCAGAAAGCUCUCAAGUAAAACUUGUGUCCGUUUAGAGAAGCAAGUGCGCAGCGCUCGAAACCGAGGGCAGAACUUGUAGUCUCUAGCUAAAUGUAUCUUAAAGGGUUUAUGCGUAAAAGCGCGCAUGCAGGUCGUGGGAUAUGCUAUCUGUGGUGUAUUUGACAUGGCAAAGUGAAUGGGCGCAUUUGGAGAAGUCCAGGGCGCGCGUAAAGGAACCCUUCUGAUCGUAUUAUCAACUUGCGCGUGAGGAACAAUUAAGUGAGGAUGAACGAGACGGACAGUAAGGUUGUAGGCAGUAAAGGUUUGGACCCCAGUAUUCCGAUUAUAAUGUUUAUAUUCGGUGUGGUCGGCAACGUGAUCGCCAUUGUAGUGCUUCAGAAGUCGCGGAAAGAGCAAAAGGAGACCACCUUUUACACCCUGGUGUGUGGACUUGCUGUGACUGACCUCUUGGGCACUCUUCUGGCGAGCCCUGUCACCAUUGCCACCUACGUAAAGGGCAAGUGGCCCGGUGAGGAACCUCUGUGCCAGUAUUCCGGAUUUAUCUUACUCCUCUUCUCCUUGGCAGGACUUAGUAUUAUUUGUGCCAUGUCCAUCGAGAGAUACCUCGCCAUAAAUCACGCUUAUUUCUACAGUCGUUACGUGGACCAGCGGGUUGCGGGUCUUACACUCUUGGGAAUCUAUGUCUCCAAUGGUUUUUUCUGCGCUUUUCCCAGUAUGGGAUUUGGAAGCGUGGUGAAGCAGUAUCCAGGAACGUGGUGUUUCAUCGACUGGCAUAGCAACAACCGCACGGAUGCCACUUUCUCCUACAUGUACGCCGGCUUCAGCUCCUUUCUUAUUCUCGCCACGGUCAUCUGUAAUGUUUUGGUGUGCGCGGCUCUUAUCAUGAUGCACAAGCGCUUCAUGCGCAGGACCUCGCUCGGCACGGACCCGCGGCGCAUCGCCGAGAUCAGGCGCAGGCGCAGCUUCGCGCGUCUGGCUGGCGCAGAGAUCCAGAUGGUCAUUGUUCUGAUAGCCACCUCUAUUGUCGUACUCAUUUGCUCCAUUCCAUUAGUGGUGCAAGUGUUUGCAAACCAGCUGUACCAUUUACCAGUAGAGCAAGACAUAGAGAAGAACCCAGACCUAAAGGCUAUUCGAAUAGCUUCUAUAAAUCCCAUUCUUGACCCCUGGAUCUAUAUCCUGCUGAGGAAGACGGUCGUGCAGAAACUCCUGGAAAAAAUCAAGUGCCUCUUCUGCCGUAUCGGUGGGCGUGGUCUUGGGCGAAGCCACGGGGACUUCCACUGUAGUAACGGUGCCCGGAAUUCAUCCGUUGCGUCUAGGGAUUUACCAUCUGUGGCACUGCAUGAGCUGCCAGAGGUGAUCAGCACUUCGCAGACGUACCUUUAUUUUCUGAAGGGGGGACAGGGGAUGAGCUGCUGCAGUCAUUCUGUGCAGAGGGGGAUUAGUUCGACUCCCACCGAGCAAACGCUUCUGCGUGACUCUCAGGGGUCAGACUGUAGCAGCGGACACAGCUCGAGCAGGACAGAAGAGAGGGUGCAGAGCACGGACUCUGCGAAAACACACUUGCUCACACACUCGGACAGAAAUGAACAGGAACCCUUGCAAGUUACAUUUACAGACGAGACCCUGACGUUAGGCGAAAGAUGCAUCUGAAUGUGGAGAGAGCCGUAAACUUAAUUUUAUGGAGACUGAGCAUUGUACUUAUCAAUAUAAGGAUAUUUCAGAGGAAUGCACCAACCAAAGCACUAAAAAUCAUGCAGUUUAUAUGACAAACUGUGAAAGCGAGAGAAAAUAUAUAGACUACGAGGAGAUGUUUACUAAAGUAUGAACAUAAAUGUUGCUAAAUAUUUAAGACAAAAUAAUGAAAAUUGGAAGAAGUUUGAAAGGGUUUGCAUUUCGAAAGAGAUAAAAACUUAAGCAACAGGAUAUGCUGACUUCACAUAUUUUAAAGAUGACGAAUGUGUCUAUAAAAAGUUUGAAUGUCUGCAGUAAAUGCUAUUAGUUUUAGAUGUGAAAAUCAAGAGAAGACCCAAGGGAAGGACAUUUCUGUGUUCACAAUUUCAGACCUUAUGUGAUUUUGAUGGAUGGCCUUGUGAGUUGAUCUUGUGAGCAAAAAUAUGUGUUACCAUGCUUCACGUUCCUUUUUGCAGACGUUCUGGUGAGAUCUUGCUAAAGGUCACAAGUUCGGAAAAAACAUGCGUGUCUUGUUAGCUUUUCUCAUGAUGAAAUUUCUGCAGCCUUAGAUGUCGAAAUAUUUCCAUUUCCUUAUAUUAAGGUGUCAAAAACGCACUUAUCACGUCUAUCGAUGCAUAAACAAUUGUCAAACACCAUUUCAAACCAGCACGUAUGUAAAAACCAUAGCUACAGUAGCAUUCUUUGGAUUUUCCAUAUUUUGUGAAUUAACUAAACAAUUUCAUAUUCAUGUUGAUUGUCAGUAUUUUGAUGCAGAAACACACAAUGUAAGAGCAAAUAACAAUGCAUAGCAGAUCGUCAAACUUUUUGUUUUUUUAAGUUGAUAGGAUGUAUACCGAGGAGGUAAAAUGAUUAAGCUAUUAAUGUGUAGAAUGUUGUUUAUGCGGGCAUACGUGUUGUUGCACUUUUAAAUCCCUGUAACCACUGAAAAAUGUACUUUGGUUAAAAUUGAUUUUUAAGAUCUUGAUUAGUUAGUGGUCGGCAAGGAAGAUUGGUGUUAAUCUGUAAAUAUUUGUGAUAUUGAAAUGUGAACCUGUCUAAUUGUAAUAAUUUAAUUUAUUGCAGUAUUUUCUAACAAUCUGUAAAUUGCAGUUAUUUCUUCUCUGUGAGAAGGUCAAAUGUGAGUUUUAUUGUCAUAGCAAUUAUAUGAUUUUAUUUCAUUUCAUUUUGCAUAUCUCAUGUAAAUCACCUCUAUCCGUUGCAUGUAUGUAAAUAAUUCAAUAUUAUGAUGUACAUUUCUCUUAAUUUUUUUUUCAAACACAAAGUAAUACAUGAAUUCUUUAGAUCUUGUUGUGCUUUUAUCCUUGAUGUGAAUGGACUCUUCAAAAUGUGCAAUGGUCAGUUAUCAAAUACUACAAUAAAGUCUGUGCCACUGAUUUGAAGUGUAACAGAUAAAUGGAAGCAGAUGUUUUCUCGUUCAUAAUGUCAG